ACACUGGGCUUACUUUUUGCCCAUACUAAAAUGUGUUACUGUACAAUAGCAAAUACUAAGUUAAGUGCACUCUUAUUUGUUUUAUGUAACCCUGCAUCUAGCCUUCAUUUUCAUAUUAAUAUAUUUUAACUAUACAUAUUGUGAAAAUUAAUGGAUCUGUAUAACUCCUAAUUAUUGUUAAUACAGAAUUAUUAUCCGUUAUAACAUUUGAAGCAAGACCCUGAAACAUCCACUUUGUACAGACUUUCCCUUGCCCUUCCAGAUGCUGUGAAGUGAAAGUAAAAGGGCCACUGAGUAAAGCUUUAAGUGCUUGAAGUAAAAUCACAGUGCUCUGAAUAUCUGUGAUUCUACAGCGUGAAAGAUGAGUGCUGAGCAUGCAGUGAGGACAAACUCCAUCUUAGACCAACAUCUAGAGCUGACUGUGGCCACUGGAGGAACAGAGGACUCCUGCUAUCAUUGCACAUUACCGUUCAGCAUUGUGCUCUUGAUGAUUGGCAUUGCAGUUACAGCCGUAGCCUACAGCUUCAACUCCCAUGGUUCUGUCAUCUCCAUUCUGGGGCUGGUGCUGCUUUCCAGCAGUCUGCUGCUGCUGCUGCUGCUGCUCGGCCUCACUGCACUGCACUGGAAACUCAGACAGCAAAAAACGGACAGACACUCAGCCAGUCAGUGCACUCUAGUGGAGAGCCCGAGACCCAACUGACAUCCAUCCAUCCAUCCAUUUUCUAUACUGCUUAUCCUACUGGGUCGUGGGGAACCUGGAGCCUAUCCCAAGGAGCAUGGAACACAGGUGGGGUACACCCUGGAUGGGGUGCCAAUCCAUCACAGGGCACACUCACGUACACAUUCACACACCCAUUCAUGCACUAUGGACACUUUGGACAUGCCAUUGAGUCUACCACACAUGUCUGGGGAGGAAACCGGAGUACCCAGAGGAAAUCCCUGCAGCAAGGGGAGCACACGGGAAUCGAACCCCUAACCCUGGAGGUGUGAGGUGAACGUGCUAACAACUAAGCCACUGUGCACCCCC